AUGUCCUCCACAGAUCCCGCCAAAGUCACUAGACACCUCCGCAUAGGCGUCGACGUCGGCGGCACCAACACAGACGGCGUCAUCCUCGACCCCCUCCAGGCCUCGUCCCCAGGCAAGGGCAUCCUCGCAUGGCACAAAGCCCUCACGACGACAAACCCCAGUGUCGGAAUCAACGAUGCCAUCACCGCCAUGUUCAAGUCCGCGGCCAUCAGUCCGUCCGAGGUCGUCAGCGUAACCAUUGGCACGACGCACUUCGUCAAUGCCGUCGUUGAACGAGAUGCCUCGCGACUGGCUGCUGUGGCUGUCCUCAGGCUCUGUGGGCCUUUUUCGAAGCAUGCGCCUCCUUGUGUGGAUUGGCCGGAUGACAUGAGGCAGAUGUUUCUGGGCCAUUACGCACUGCUCAAGGGGGGCUUGGAGGUGGAUGGCAACCUCAUUUCAGACAUUGAUGAGCGAGAGAUCAGAGAGCAGUGUGCGAUUAUCCGUGAAAAGGGCAUCAAGAGCGUUGUUGUCAAUGGAGUUUUCAGCCCCAUAGACACUGUAGAGAGACAGGAGGAGAGAGCUGCAGCCAUCGUCAAGGCAGAGAUGCCUGGGUGCGAUGUUGUUUGUUCCAAGGACGUCGCCAACCUGGGAUUCCUGGAGCGAGAAAAUGCCGCCAUCCUGAAUGCUUCCAUCCUUUCCUUCGCGAGAAGAACUAUCAAGAGUUUUCAGGAGCCAAUCAAGCGCCUGGGCCUACACUGUCCCGUCUUCAUUACGCAAAAUGACGGCACCGUCUUGUCAGGAGAAAUGGCGGCAAAGCUACCCAUCAGGACCUUUUCAAGUGGCCCGACAAACAGCAUGAGGGGCGCGGCCUUCCUUGCCCAGGGCCAGAUAUCCGAAGCUGUCAUGGUAGUCGACAUUGGGGGAACAACGACGGACGUCGGGCUGCUUCACGCAAAUGGCUUCCCUCGGCAGCAGGCUGCUUACAGCGACCUUGCGGGUAUUCGGGUGAAUUUCUCCUGUCCCGAUAUCAAGAGCAUUGGCCUGGGGGGAGGAUCUAUCGUCAGAAAGACAGACAGAGGCCUCACCGUCGGACCGGAUAGCGUUGGGCACAAGCUUCAGCAAGAGGCGGUUAUAUUUGGCGGCAGUACUAUAACUGCUACGGACUGCAUGGUCCAGGCAGAUCCUGAUUUGGGCAUUGGCAAUGCUGAACUUGCCAAGAAUAUUCUGACUGACGAGCAGCUGGGCAUUUUCAAAGAAGCUCUUCGGAGCAAGAUCGAAAAGGCCAUUGACAAGAUGAAAACUUCUCCUGCCGACAUCCCCGUGUUGCUUGUCGGCGGCGGAGCUAUACUAUCGCCCAACAAGCUCAGGGGCGCAAGUCGAGUGUUCAAGCCCGAAUGGUCACAAGUCGCAAACGCAAUCGGAGCAGCCAUGGCCAGAGUCAGCGCAGUUGUGGACACUGUCAAGUCCACCGAGCACCGGUCCAAUGCUCAGUUACUGGAGGAAAUUAGCAAGGAAGCUAUUGAGAGGACGAUAGCUGCUGGGGCAUCGCGUGCAUCGGUGGAGGUUGUGGAAAAGGAAGCCCUCCCACUCCAGUAUAUCGCUCACAAGACGAGAUUCAUCGUUCGUGCAGCAGGCGAUUUUGACCUGGCAAAGGUCCAGGCACAGGAAGUCACAGGAGAAGAUGAUGAAGAGCGUGAUAAUAACAUGAGCGAGUAUGAGAGAUUGCCACAGCGAGCAGAGACUACACCCAAGCAGCAUACAAUUACAGACAUCGACAUCGACAUCUCUACGUAUAAGCCAACGGUCAAGAACCGCGUGUGGUAUAUCUCAGAGACCGACGCCGAAUGGAUCGCCACGGGCUGCUACAUUCUUGGAACCGGUGGCGGAGGGUCCCCUUAUUCUCACCUAGUACGUCUCAAGCAGGAGCUCCGUAAAGGUGCCAUUGUGAGGGUUGUGAAUCCGCACGAUCUUGCCGACAAUGAUCAGGUCGGCUGUGGAGGAGGCGUGGGCAGCCCUACUGUUGGCAUAGAGAAGCUGCCCGCCGACGAGCUUCUGGAAGCCCAAACGGAGCUGUUCAGAGUGUGUCCCAACCCGGCCACUCACAUGAUUUCCAUUGAGAUUGGAGGCGGUAAUGGCCUUCAAGCAAUGAUACUCGGCGCAAGCACGAAUAUGAACCUACCCGCCGUGGAUGGGGACUGGAUGGGACGGGCUUAUCCGACAAAGUGGCAGACAACUCCCGUGGUGUUCAACGAACGGUCGCCCAUCUGGUCUCCCAUCGCCAUGUCUGACGGCAAUGGCAAUGUUGUUGUCAUGCCAAAGGCAACUUCUGAUCUUGCCGUUGAGCGCAUCCUUCGAGCGGCUCUUGCACAGAUGGGAUCAUCCACGGGCUGUGCCGAGUCGCCGGUGACAGGGGCAGAGACGAAGCGGUGGGUAGUGGAACACACCAUUUCCCAGGCCUGGAGAAUCGGGAGAGGCGUUGCUCGAGCCAGAAGAGAGAACAGAGUCGACAACGUAGCUGAGUCCAUCAUCGAAGAGUGUGGCGGGAAAGGCGCUGGACGAGUCCUUUGGAAGGGCAAGAUUGUCGGCGUUGAGAGGACGCUGAGGGGAGGCUACGUGUAUGGUGAGUGCUUUAUUGAGGGCGUCGAUGUAAGGCAGGACGACGACGGCCUCCAGCAAGACGGCGCCGCUCCGCCGUCCUUCCAAGGCAGGAUCAAGAUUCCCUUCAAGAACGAGAACAUUGCCGCUCUCCGGGUCCGAGACGACGGGCAAGACGAUCAGCAGGAGGACGUCCUUGCCAUUGCCCCGGACCUCAUCACCGUCAUUGACGCGCAAAACGGCGAGGCUAUCGGCACUCCUGAGUACAGAUACGGGCUGCUGGUGGUUGUCUUGGGGCUGGCGGCCAGUGACAAAUGGACGGGGAGCCAGAGGGGGAUCGAGCUCGGGGGUCCGGCGGGAUUCGGGAUUGACCACCUCGCGUUUCGUCCGCUGGGUGCGUUUGUGAAGCCGAGGAGCGUGAUUGAUGAGUUUGAUGGACUUUUUUGA